CCACUGUAAUUCUUUCAUAACUAAUGGUUUCGUUUCAUAUAUAAUACACAAAGGAUCAAAGUCGUUUUCUGCUCUUGUUCUUCGAUAGGUGAUAAAGGGAUCAAAAUUGUUUGCAACAAUUUCUUAUUGUUAUGAAUCUAAAGCAGCAAGACCACUGAUCAUGAAUCUCGACGUUCAAUGGAAAUUAAUAAUGUGGCGUAUGUGAGAAUAAAAGAAGACGAAACAGGAGCAGAACAACUCAAACAAGAACAAGAACAGGGUGAAGAAGAAAAUUCUUGCGAUUCCCAAGUUGAGUUACCUUUUCAGGAAGAACCCUUACCUCAAAUCCCUACCAACGAGAAAUCAUGGAAUCGGCUACUCAAGUUGAUCGCAGUUGGCAUCUCUUCGGUCAUUGUGGUCAUAGUUGCAAUUAAAUGGAUUGGACCCUUUGUGUUGAAAAAGGUGGUUGUCCCGGCUUUACAAUGGGAGGCGCAUGCUUUCAACUCGAGCGAGAUAAUAAGUGUAAUCUUAGUUACAUUAGCUGUAUUUCCAACCAUAUGUUUUCCAUCUAUACUGUUGUGGAAUUCGGGUUAA